AUGGCCAUCGCAGCGGCUUUGAGCUUCGUGCACGCCAAGGCCCUCCAACAUCCCCUGCGGUCGUUGACUGUAGCUGCAAUCGCCGUUCCAAUCCUCUAUAUCAUCAUCAACGAAUUUAUCCGAGCUUCAGUUCGAAUCCCCGGCUUUACAGGGCCUCGCGGGUUGCCUUUAAUUGGUAACCUUGCCCAAAUUAGGAAAAACGCGGCUGAGCAGUAUCGCAUUUGGUCAAAAACGUAUGGAGCCGUCUAUCAGAUUCAGCUAGGAAAUAUUCCUGUUAUUGUUGUCAAUUCUGCCGCUGCUGCGAAGGUACUAUUCGGUCAAAAUGCGCAGGCCCUAAGCUCCCGGCCUGAGUUUUAUACCUUUCACAAGAUUGUCUCCAACACAGCCGGCACUACCAUCGGUACCUCUCCGUAUAGCGAGUCUCUGAAGCGACGUAGAAAAGGCGCAGCAUCGGCCCUGAACCGACCCUCAGUAGAAUCGUACGUAUCCCAUCUCGACGUCGAGUCAAAGGCAUUCGUGGCAGAGCUUUACAAGUACGGAAACGGAGGCAAAACCCCCGUAGACCCAAUGGCCAUGAUCCAGCGCCUGAGUCUGAGCCUUGCCCUAACCCUUAACUGGGGCGUGCGUAUCGCAUCCCAGGAAGAGGAACUGUUCGAUGAAAUCACCGAAGUUGAAGAUGAAAUUAGCAAGUUCCGAAGCACCACGGGCAAUCUGCAGGACUACAUCCCACUCCUUCGCCUGAACCCGUUCAGCACCAACUCGAAGAAGGCCAAGGAGAUGAGAGACCGCCGUGAUAGGUAUCUCGACGGGCUGAACCGCGGUCUAGAUGAUCGCAUGGAGAAGGGCAUCCAUAAGCCCUGUAUCCAGUCGAACGUCAUCCUCGAUGAGGAGACCAGGUUAAACUCAGCGGAGCUCACCUCGAUCAGUUUGACCAUGCUCUCCGGGGGCCUUGAUACCGUUACCACCCUCGUCGCGUGGAGUAUCACCCUACUUGCCCAGCGUCCAGAUAUCCAGGACAAAGCCGCAACGGCAAUCCAGCAAAUGUACAGCCAGAGCCAACCACUCUGCGACGCCAACGACGACCAGAAAUGCGCAUAUGUUGUUGCCCUCGUACGGGAAUGUCUACGAUAUUACACCGUCCUGCGUCUGGCCCUCCCCCGCACCUCUAUCCGAGACAUCACUUACAACGGCCUCGUAAUCCCCAAGGGAACCGUCUUCUUCCUCAACGCCUGGGCCUGCAACAUGGAUCCCAAAGUUUGGCCCGAUCCUGAAGAAUUCAGACCCGAGCGCUGGAUCGAACAACCCAACGCCCCCAUGUUCACCUACGGAAUCGGCUACCGCAUGUGCGCCGGCUCCCUCCUCGCAAACCGCGAACUGUAUCUUGUGUUCAUGCGCACGCUCAACUGCUUCCGCAUCGAGGCGGACGGCGCUGGCGCUGCCGAGUGGCAUCCUAUCAGGGGGACCGCGGAUCCAGCCGGUUUAGUUGCGAUGCCGAAGAAGUAUAAGGUGAGGUUUGUGCCUAAGAGCGAGAAGGUGCUUGUUAAGGCUUUGGGCUGA